UCCGCGUUGAGCUUCCUUCACCCUUCGGAAAACCAUUUUAAUAAUUUUCUUCAACUCUUUUGUCUUUAUCUGUUGUGUACUGCUGCCUGAAUAUGCACUUGUUCUUCUUCUUGUCUUCGCCACCGGCAAAUCGCGAGACAGACAUUCUCUCGCGAACAAAGAUAGCCAAGAAGACCACCAAAGUACAAAGUGUUAAGUCUUUUUUUUUUGCUUCUUACAAAGUAAAAAACAUAAAAGCUACUUCCUUUACUCAAAUCAUUUUACUUCUUGAUUCAGAUUUGCAGGUCAAGCUUGUAGCUUCAUGACUUGGCUCUGAAAGAUUGUUUCUUUACUAAAAGGGUAUUAAGAUUUGAGAUUGUACUAAUGGCGUCUAGAGAAGGAAAGAGGCGUACUCAUCAACAUCAUGAGAAUCUUGUCCCUCUUGCUGCUCUGUUAAGCAGAGAGACUAGAGCUGCUAAGAUGGAGAAACCGAUUGUUAGAUACGGAGAAGCUGCUCAAUCUAGGAAAGGCGAAGAUUACCUCUUGAUCAAGACUGAUACUCUCCGUGUUCCUUCCAACUCUUCCUCUGCUUUCUCUGUCUUUGCGAUAUUUGAUGGGCACAAUGGAAAAGCUGCAGCGGUUUUCACAAGGGAGAAUCUGUUGGACCAUGUUCUGAGUGCAAUUCCCCGUGGGCUUAGCCGCGACGAGUGGCUUCAAGCUUUGCCUCGUGCAUUAGUCUCUGGAUUCGUGAAGACUGACAAGGAGUUUCAGAGCAGAGGAGAGACUUCAGGAACAACAGCCACGUUUGUGAUAGUGGAUGGAUGGACCGUGACUGUUGCUUGCGUUGGGGACUCCCGCUGCGUCUUGGAUACUUCAGGCGGUUCUGUUUCAAACCUCACUGUUGAUCACAGGCUUGAAGAUAACAAAGAAGAGAGAGAAAGGGUGACUGCUAGUGGUGGAGAAGUUGGAAGGCUAAGCAUUGUUGGAGGCGUUGAGAUUGGUCCUCUACGGUGUUGGCCUGGAGGUCUCUGUCUUUCUAGGUCUAUAGGGGAUAUGGAUGUUGGAGAGUUCAUUGUUCCAGUUCCUUUUGUAAAGCAAGUGAAGCUGUCAAACCUGGGAGGAAGGCUUAUUAUCGCCUCAGAUGGUAUAUGGGACGCUCUCUCCUCAGAAGCUGCAGCCAAAGCUUGCCGUGGUUUACCAGCUGAACUUGCUGCUAGACAAGUAGUCAAGGAAGCAUUGAGAAGAAGGGGUCUCAAGGAUGACACAACCUGCAUUGUGGUCGACAUAAUCCCACCAGACAUCUCUCAAGAACCAUCUUCUUCUCCUAAUAAACACAACAACUUCUUUAGAUCUUUGCUCUUUAGAAAGAAAUCGAACUCAUCUAACAAACUCUCCAAGAAACUCUCCACUGUCAGUAUCGUUGAAGAGCUUUUCGAAGAAGGCUCCGCAAUGCUAGCAGAAAGGUUAAGAUCAGGUGACUUUUCUAAGGAACCAACAACAGGAGGAGGAGGGAUAUUCACGUGUGCGAUAUGCCAGCUAGACUUGGCUCCAAGUGAAGGCAUAUCGGUCCAUGCGGGUUCAAUCUUCUCCACGAGUCUAAAGCCGUGGCAAGGACCGUUCUUAUGCACAGACUGUCGUGACAAAAAGGACGCAAUGGAAGGGAAACGCCCAAGUGGAGUUAAAGUCAUCUAAGGUUGAAGAUGGUAUGUAUGUACUACUUCCACUUCUCAUACGCACUAUCUCUAUUCAUUCAUUGUGUAAUUCUUUCUUCUUUGGUUCUUUGUUUAUUACAUCCAUUCAAAUUAAUUUGGGUUGACCUGGUUCUUUAUACAUAUGAGGAUCAGGUUCAGUGUUGGAUAGUGUAUUGAUUGGUAUAUGGUUUGAAAAGCUUGUGUUCAUACUGAAGCAAAAAUACUUAUGUAUU